AUGGGAUUGUACAUGCAGCUGCUGUUCUUGCAUUACGUCUCGAGUUUUGUGUGCAACGCCGUCGCCUUCGUGGAGGAGCCCUCCGGCAGGUCGGACGGUUACUGCGGGCGGAUCGUCCGGGCGCAGACACAGACCCGAAGGGACGGCCACCACCAGUUCAGGCUGAGAGUGGAGGGGGACCCGGAGAGCUACCAGCCUGGCAGCACCUACAGAGUGGUCCUCCUGGCUACCAGCCCGUCUUACUUCAGAGGCUUCACCCUCAUCGCGCUGAAGGACGGCAGAGACGGCACCUCGGACGACGACUACAUCGGCCAGUUCCAGAUCAUCGAUGAGGACGACACACAGUUCAUGACCAACUGUGCGCCUGCAGUGACGGAGAGCACGCCUCGCAGACGCACCAGGAUCCAAGUCUUCUGGACGGCGCCGCCCAGUGGGUCCGGCUGUGUUAUACUGAAGGCCAGCAUCGUGCAGAAGAAGGUCAUUUAUUUCCAGGAUGAGGGCUCUCUCACCAUUCGGCUGUGUGAGAAAGAGCGAGUGUUUGGGGAAGCCACGGAAGCUCCGGCCAUGGAGUGCUGCGCCUGUGGAACGGCCAAGUACAGACUCACCUUCUACGGCAACUGGUCGGAGAAAGAACAUCCCAAAGACUACCCACGACGAGCCAACCACUGGUCAGCUCUGAUCGGUGCGUCUCACUCCAAAGGCUACGUCCUGUGGGAGUACGGAGGCUACGCCAGUGAGGGCGUCCGUCAGGUCGCCGAGUUCGGCUCCCCCAUCAAGAUGGAAGAAGAAAUCCGACAGAAGGGAGAUGAAGUACUGACUGUCAUUAAGACGAAGGCUCAGUGGCCGGCAUGGCAGCCGCUCAACCUACGAGCAGCUCCAUCAGCAGAGUUUUCUGUGGACCGGACCCGUCACCUGAUGUCCUUCCUCACCAUGCUCGGGCCCAGCCCAGACUGGAACGUGGGGCUGUCGGGGGAGGACCUCUGUACCAAGGAGUGCGGCUGGGUCCAGAAGCUGGUGACAGAUCUCAUACCGUGGGAUGCGGGCACUGACAAUGGCGUCACGUAUGAGUCACCAAACAAGCCCACCAUUCCUCAGGAGAAGAUCCGACCCUUGACCAGUUUGGACCAUCCCCAGAGCCCCUUCUACGACCCUGAGGGAGGGGCGAUUACUCCCGUAGCCAAGCUGGUGGUGGAGCGCAUCGCUAGAAAGGGAGAGCAGUGCAACGUGGUCCCAGACACCAUAGAUGACAUCGUAGCUGAUAUUGGACAAGAGGAGAAGGAAGAAGAUGACACGCCGGAGACGUGUAUCUACUCCGGCUGGUCUCCGUGGUCGGCGUGUAGCAGCGCUACAUGUGAAAAAGGUCGCAGGAUGAGGCAGAGGAUGCUGAAGGCCCAGCUGGACCUCAGCGUGCCGUGUCCACAUACUCAAGAUUUCCAACCCUGCAUGGGGCCGGGAUGCAGUUUGGAGGAACCAUCCACAUGCAUGAUGUCUGAGUGGAUCAGCUGGUCGGCCUGCAGCGUGUCCUGCGGGAUGGGGAUGAGGUCCAGAGAGCGCUACGUCAAACAGUAUCCCGAGGACGGCUCGCUCUGCCAGCUAAACACCGAAGAGACGGAGAAGUGUGUCGUCAACGAUGAAUGCUCACCCAGCAGCUGCGUGGUGACUGAGUGGGCUGAGUGGGACCCCUGCAGUGUCACCUGUGGGUUGGGUAUGAGAAGACGUGAGCGCAUGGUGAAGAUGCCUCCCAUCGACGGGUCGAUGUGCAAGACCGAGGUGGCCGAGGUGGAGAAAUGCAUGAUGCCAGACUGCCAUACCAUCCCCUGCAUGCUGUCGCCGUGGUCGGACUGGAGCGAGUGCAGCGUGACGUGCGGGCGCGGUGUACGGACGCGUCAGAGGAUGCUGAAGUCGGAUCCUGCAGAGUGCAACGAGGAGCUGGAGCAGACGGAGAAGUGCAUGCUGCCCGAGUGCCCCGUCGACUGCAUGGUCUCCGAGUGGUCCGAGUGGUCAGAGUGCAACAAGUCCUGCGGUAAAGGACACACCAUCCGAACCCGUAUGAUCAAACUGGAGCCGCAGUUCGGGGGCGGGGCUUGUCCCGAGACCAUCCAGAGGAAGACGUGCAAGAUCAGGAAGUGUCGAAAUAAAAAGGAGUCGAGAGGAGCUGGUGGUGUUGGAGGAGGAAAGAGAAGGAGACGAGGUAAACAGGGCAGAGAUGCAGCGGUCGAGGAGCAGCCAGGUUGCAGGAUGCAGCCGUGGACUGUCUGGUCGGACUGUUCCAAACCGUGUGGAGGGGGGAUCCAGGAACGUUUCAUGACGCUGAAGAAAAAACCUAAAUCUAACGUGCCCACUGCGACGGGCAGCUGUAAGGACCGGAAGGAGAUCCGUGCCUGUAACGUUCAUUCCUGCUAGGUGGCACUACUGAGUACUUAAAUACACGAGUUGUGAAAAAUCUGGGUUUAUUUGACAAAGAUGAUGAUCGGGGAUGAAACUUUUGUGUACAGGAAGGCGAGGUGAGGGUGAGAUGAUGGGAGGACGGGGGGAGGAAGGUGACGAUGAUGAUGAUGAUGAUGUGCAGUUUAGUGAAGCCAUUGUAGGCAUGUAGUUAACAGGGCUGACUUUUACUUUAGACCACAAUGGAAGUAUUAGAGAGUUUUGUCUGUGUCCUGCAAAAAAAUAAGAAUAAUAAUCUUUUCAGGAGUUUUAGAAAAGAUUAAAACAUGCAACAAUUGUUUGUAUAAUUUCAGCAGUCGUGGCCUCUGGGAUGUGACGUAGUUUCAGGACCCUGAUAUUUCCUGGGAAUUCUGAAAACAAACGUAGUCAACUUUCUCGGUACGGUCCAGUCCUGGUUCUUGUUUUUUAAUAAUGAGAUAUAAUAUAAAAUAUAACCAUCCGUAAAAUCCAAUGAAAUUAAAAAUAUAAAAGAAAAUAACGUGUGCUAACAGGCAUUGUUUCAACCCUUUAAUCGGUCUUCUUUGGGCCUAGGCGCACUACGAAAAACAAAUAAGUUGCCAGCCACUGUCAGAAUGGGGUUACGGGUUGCGGGCACAAAACCGUAGGAGCUUCAUGUGAUGCAUUACACUAGUCAUGAUUACAGUGAAAACACUUGUCGUUUGUUUGUUCGGAGCCUGUCUGGUGACAUUUG